AUGCCUCCAUUACGCAAAAACGUAGCCUGGCCAAAGGAGAGCAAUACAUCCCUCUCCUAUAGUGGAAGUGCUCCGGCCUACGAACUCUUGCCUCACACCCAUGGUCAACCGAGUACAUCUGAUGCCACGAGAAGCCAAACGAUCGACUCGAGAACCGAGAAACACGUCUGGCCACGAGAGGCUAGAAAGCUUCAACGUUGGAGUACGACCACAGCGUUGGUGGAUCUUGUCUGCUUGCUGAUGCCCGCCCCAUUCUUCGCCUUGGUGUACAUAUGCGCCACUCGGGACGGGAAGUUGGUUCACAAAGAAGAUUUGGAGAGGAUUCAAGAGGGGAUAAUUAUCUCAGCAACGGCCUUCCCACUGAUUUUCUCGGCUGUCGUGGGCAGGAUGACCAAGCGAAUCACGUCAUGGCAACUGGAAAGAGGGAGCUCGUUGCGAUCCCUAGAGCUUCUAAACGGCAGUACGACCCUCAUUAAUUCAAUAUCCACAUAUCUGUCACUUCGUCAUUUCAACCUCCUUGGUGCGUCCCUGGUCUUGUUAUGGGCUGUGUCGCCAUUGGGAGGUCAGUCACCACUCCAAGUCUUGCGGACCCGCCGAGUUACAGGUACCUUCGCCAAUACCAUGAGUUAUUUGAAUAUGAGCAGUCCCGGCCACGCCUAUUUUGGUGGCACCAGUAGUACAGUAACAGGAAAGCCGUUUGUUGAAGCUGUGUACUAUGCAAGCCUCCUUGCCCCUGCAAACGUCAAGUCCUCGGGGAUGGACGCCUGGGGGAAUGUCAAAAUACCUUUUCUCCCUACGGUCAGUAGUCUAUCAAAUCAUACAGGUUGGGUAGACCUCGCCAAUGAGGCAAUGAAUUACUCGUCACUAGCUGGGGUUCCAAUCAUGGGACUGGAGAAGAGUGGAAAUGUCUCAUUCGUCAUUCCUUCAACCUAUUUCGUGCUUGAGCGUUCAUCGAAGCCUUCUGUCAAGACGAUUAGGCCGUACCCGCCAGUCGACCCUACUGCCAAUCUUACUGGAUACAGGCUUAAUGGUCAAGGGUUCUCUAGCUCCUAUCGACCUGAUUAUAUUGACGUCGACCCAAUUCUUCUGCAGACUAAGUACAAAAACGUAUCAGUACUUGAGCUGGGCGGUAUGAGUGGCAAAAUGAGUUUUAAUGCAAAUAAUAUGAACAUGACAGCAUAUUUCCAACUAAACCAGGUCUAUAUUGAAGCAGAGGUGGUCUGCAGCGUUGGGCAAAGUAGGGUCUCCUCCUCAUCCACUUAUGAUCAUUCCUGCAGCGUCAGGGCUAUGCGCCGGAGAGAGAAUAUACCUGAGAUUGCAUACAAUUGGCAACAAUGGUUAGGAUUCUCCUGGACGAACAUGAUAAGCUACUUCAGCCAGACAACGAUGAAUCCCAAUUACUCCAUUCCUGAAGCAUAUAUCCGCAACCCAGACUCACCUCUGGCAGCCAAUCUCUCUGAUCCUUCCACAGCCCUUGUAGACUGGGACACACUUACACUACGCCUGAGUCAACUUUUCAACACAUACGCAUUUGGUAGUUUGGAUCCGACUGCGAUCAUCCAAAGCUCCUCGUCCAAAUUCUCAAAUGAAACGGGGGCCCAUGGGGCUUAUUUCAAUAAUCUGCCAGUGUAUACGGUUAACUGGGUAUGGCUGUCGAUUUUCUCUGCAGCUACAUCAAUACUCACCCUGUGUGCCCUGACUCUCACCACAUUGCAUUUCUUCACCUUAAAUCCUGAUAUUCUAGGCUAUGUGUCCACAGCCACCAUGUAUUCUAGCCAUCUUCCGGUACCACCAGGAGGGAGUACCCUAAAUGGAGAAGAACGCGCCCGGCUGCUGAAAGACAUGGCUAUCCGACUUGGAGAUGUGCAGCAAUAUGAUCUAGUGACAGGGCAAUUAUCGUUCGGCACAAUAUCCUCAGCAGCUCGGCCUCAUCUGGGAAGGCUUUACUCGUAG